AAUAGCCCCAAGGUUUUGCUUGCCCCACCCCAGGGGGCGGGAUUGCAGAAGUGCCCUCGUUUUUAAAAGGGAAGUUGUUCAGUCACUCAUUCAAAGUCCGGGGGAGCGACUUGGGAAGCGGAAUUCGGGGUCUGAACCUCCGUGCCCUGAGGACUCUGCCUUCCUCUCAGUCUAAACUCUCAGCGGUAGACGUUGUAGACGUCGGGGUUCCAGCUCCAUCUUUGCACACAUAAUCCAGGAAGCCGCUAGCUCCCGAUGUCUUCUGUCAAGUUAUGGCUCAAUGGUGCGUCAUCGAUCUCUCUCAUGGGCUCUGAAGAACUGGAGAACCUAGGAUUUGUGGGCAAAGGCGGGUUCGGAGCCGUGUUCCGGGCACGCCACACAGCAUGGAACCUUGAUGUAGCAGUCAAGAUCGUGAACUCGAAGAAGAUAUCCAGGGAGGUGAAGGCUAUGGUGAAUCUUCGUCAUGAGAACGUGCUGCUCCUGCUGGGGGUCACUGAGAACCUCGAGUGGGACUACGUGUACGGGCCGGCUCUGGUGACAGGAUUCAUGGAGAACGGCUCCCUCUCAGGGCUGCUGCAACCUUCAUGCCCUCGGCCCUGGCCUCUCCUCUGUCGCCUGCUACAGGAAGUGGUGCUGGGGAUGUGCUACCUACACAGCUUGAACCCUUCGCUACUGCACCGGGACCUCAAGCCCUCCAAUGUUCUGCUGGAUCCAGAGCUCCACGCCAAGUUAGCAGACUUUGGCCUGUCCACAUUUCAGGGAGGGUCACAGUCAAGCUCAGGGUCAGGAUCGAGAGAUUCCGGGGGCACCCUAGCUUACUUGGCCCCAGAGCUGUUGGAUAAUGACGGAAAGGCUUCUAAAGCAAGUGAUGUUUACAGUUUUGGGGUCCUCGUGUGGACAGUGCUGGCUGGAAGAGAAGCUGAGGUGGUAGACAAGACCUCACUAAUUCGUGGAGCAGUGUGUAACAGGCAGAGGCGACCUCCAUUGACAGAGCUGCCUCCGGACAGCCCUGAGACUCCUGGCUUAGAAGGACUGAAGGAAUUAAUGACGCAUUGCUGGAGUUCUGAGCCUAAAGACAGGCCAUCCUUCCAAGACUGUGAAUCAAAAACCAAUAAUGUUUACAUCCUGGUACAGGACAAGGUAGAUGCUGCUGUCUCCAAGGUAAAGCAUUAUCUGUCUCAGCACAGAAGCAGUGACACAAAGUUGUCUGCCAGAGAGUCCAGCCAAAAAGGUACAGAGGUGGAUUGCCCCAGGGAAACCAUAGUUUAUGAAAUGCUGGACCGCCUGCAUCUGGAGGAGCCCUCUGGAUCAGCUCCUGAAAGACUCACAAGUCUUACUGAGAGGAGAGCAAAGGAAGCAUCAUUUGGGCAUGCCACACCAGCAGGGACAUCAUCUGACACCUUGGCUGGCACUCCCCAAAUUCCACAUACUUUACCCUCCAGAGGCACAACACCUAGGCCAGUCUUUACUGAGACUCCAGAUCCUGACCCCCAAAGGAAUCAGGUGAGACACUGGCAAGACUAGAACAUGCCCUCUUAGCAAGGAGAACUUCAUGGUGAUGAGAUUCGCCUCUUAGAAAGCCUGAGAACUCUGUGUUGUUUGCAGGGAGAUGGAAGAAACAGCAAUCCUUGGUACACCCAGAACACACCAAAUCCAAUGACAGGGCUACAGUCUAUUGUCUUAAACAACUGUUCUGAAGUGCAGAUUGGACAACACAACUGCAUGUCAGUACAACCGAGAACUGCCUUUCCCAAGAAGGAGCCAGCACAGUUCGGCAGGGGUAGGGGCUGGUAGCCCGUCCACGUCCACAAGUAGACUUCGGAGAGGACCUGCAAGUGCCUGAAGCAGGAAAUACACCAUUCAGGCAGCCAGUAUAAAUAGAGUGAAAAUAAAAGCACUUUCUAAGCAACCUGAA